AUGUCUCUUUUGACCGAUACGAUUGUGGUGGCUAUUUCUCAAAUCGCCUUUUUUGCUGCUGGUUGGCUUUUCUUCUUUCGUCAGUUAUAUCGAAAUUAUGAUGUACGAAAUCGAAUAGUAACUCUUUCGUUUGCACUAACAUUUGCAUUAAGUUGCACAAUGUUUGAAUUAAUUAUUUUCGAAAUACUAGCUUUUCUACAACCAGCAUCACGGUAUCUUCAUUGGCGCAUCGGUCUCUAUUGUAUGCUUUUCUUACUAGUCUUCUUUAUUCCAUUUUAUAUUGCAUAUCUCUUAUUGAAUACGAUUAAAAUUGUGCGAGAUUUUCGUCUUGUAUUAUGUUUCACAUUAAUCGCAUGGUGCUUUUAUUUGUAUAUAUUUUGGAAAUUGGGCAAUCCAUUUCCGAUAUCGAAUCGACACGAAUUCUUUAGUAUCGAACAAUGCAUAAGUCGAGUAGGAAUCAUUGGCGUUACAGCUAUGGCUAUACUAAGUGGUUUUGGAGCUGUCAAUUGUCCAUAUACAUAUAUGGCUUAUUUUAUUAAGCCUGUUACUGACAAAGAUAUAAGUGAUGCUCAAAAACGUUUAAAACAAGUGAUGGAAAUCGUUGCAACGAAAAAGAAACGUGUUGCUUAUAUAGAACAUGAAAAUUCAUUGAAAACAACAUUUAAUUCAUCAUUUAGUUCAAUGAAUAAUAAGUGGAAUUUUCUUCGGCGAACAUUAAAUUCUAGUUUUAUGUCUCCAUCAACUAAUAAUCUGUCCUAUAAUUUGUCAACGAUAAAACAAGAUAUAGUUACCUAUGAAGAAAUAUCUUCACAAUUAUAUACUGAUCUUGUUGAUUUACAAGCUAUACAACAACGCAUUGAAUAUUCAAAAACAUUUCAAGGAAAAUAUUUUCAUGUAUUGGGACAUUUUUUCUCAUUAUAUUGUGUAUGGAAAAUCUUUAUCUCAUUCAUCAAUAUUGUUUUUAAUCGAGUCGGAAAAGUUGAUCCGGUGACAAGAGGUAUUGAAUUAACAGUGCAUUAUUUCAAUAUGCAAUUUGAUGUACAAUUUUGGUCUCAAUAUGUCUCAUUUACAUUGAUUGGCAUUAUUGUUGUGACGAGCAUUCGUGGUCUAUUAAUAACAUUAACAAAGUUCUUCUAUGUUAUAUCGAGUAGUCGUUCGUCAAAUGUCAUCGUUCUGUGUCUCGCUCAAUUGAUGGGCAUGUAUUUUAUAUCUUGCAUUCUACUUAUUCGAAUGAAUAUGCCAGCACAAUAUCGACAAAUUAUUUCUCAAGUUCUUGGUGAUUUGCAAUUCAAUUUCUAUCAUCGUUGGUUCGAUUGUAUCUUUCUUCUAUCGGCUCUGUUCAGUAUCGGUAUACUUUACUUACAUUAUCGGUCAUCGCAACAGUCGAUUUCGCUUUAUGACAAAAACGUUCAAAAGGUCUAUUCAUGA